AGGGAGAGAGGGAGAGGAUUGAAGGCACUGAAUGAACAGCCACUCCAGGAGUCACAUUGUUAUCCAUCACAUCUAUUUUUCCGUGAGAAGUAGAUGUCAGCAGCGUGCGCAUAUUGACACAUGAGACAAACAAAAGCCUUGUGAGAGACAAUCUAAUUUGUUAUUAUUAUUAUUUUGUGGGUGGAUCAGUUUGUCAGCCCUGACGGUCCGCUGGAGAAACAAAAGUUACCAUGGAAACUAUUUUGCUCUUCCUCUGUUCUCUCCUGGUAUGUGUGGCUGUUGUAGCAGACCCCAGUGCACAGGAUGACAAUCAGAAAGUUGAAAACCCAUUUAUUUAUGACUAUGAGAGCCUGAGGAUUGGGGGUCUGGCAUUUGCCGUGGUGCUGUUCACACUGGGCAUCCUUCUUAUCCUCAGUCGGCGAUGUCGCUGCAGUAUCAACCAGAAGCCCAGGGCCCCUGGAGACGAGGAGGCACAAGAGGAGAACCUGAUUGUCUCCAAGGCUGCAGCAGCUGCCAAAGAGACUCCAGCUGAGAACUGAAGCAGCUCCACAGGACCUGACUGCCGUCUGCGAUGAUGACCAGUUUAAUUUGAUAUUUAGCCACAGUGACAGUGAAGAGAAUUGAUGAUUAUCAUAACUGGUUAUGUGACAGAGUGAGAGUUCAGAGGUGUGAUAUGUACAUAAUUCUUGUGCCUGUUGUUCUUUGUUGUGACCAUGCCAGUCUUCAAUGCUCCUGUCCAUUCCCGUGCCUUCUUGUGACAGUGUCUCACUCCACUUUGUUGUCUUAGAAAGUAGCACCUUUGACACAAAAUUGUCUUUAAGACCCUCUGAGAAUUUUUAACAUAACAUUGUGUGGUCCGCUGUUCUUCAUUUUGUACUAUCUAUCUAUUACCUUUAGGGUUUAGGAUGUGCCACUUUGUUGCUUGUUUUGUCAACUUUGUCCUGAAUAAUGUUUGUCACAUUUGGAAUAUAACAUGCUGUAAGCAUACAGUAUACAUAUAUAUAAGUAUAGAUAGUUUAUAUAUAAGAUAUAGAGUUAAAUGUCCUUUGUUUACGUUUAUGUUUGAAUGGUUGGGUGUGUUUGUGUGCACAUGUGGAUGUGCAUUCAUAUCCUGUAAAUGUAUGACUGUGUUCAUCACUAGUGUAUCUCUACAUGUCAAUGUGAGCCUUAUAAUAGACAAUCUCAACUGCCACAGCUCUCUGACUGAGCACAGGAAUGAUUUGCAGGUAUCUGCACGGGCUCCUCCACCGCAGUGUUUUAGCAUCUUUAGCGGAGGGAGGGAGCUCCUGCGUCAGCUGUGUCACUGCCUUCUUCUCCACACACCUUCUCCACUGCUCUGCCACCGGCUCCGUCAGGAUUAACUAGUCUCCGGCAGGCUAUGAUUAGUCUCCCUCCUGUACACACCCACUAGUGCCGCAAAUCUGUGAAGCCAGGGAAUCUCUUCUCCUUCUUGUCUCUUUAUUAAAUUGCUUGGUCAGUCUUUGUAACGUCAUGACAAGUUACCACGCAUACAGUAUAGCGCGUUACCAAAAGAGAGACAAAGAGUGGGUGCUGAGUUUGAGAGACGUGGACCGCAAAUUGAUAUUAUCUCUGUGCCAGUCUACGUUGAUAGCAGCCUGCUGUAAGCCAACUCAUAGUGAGAGAACCGACGAGCAGUCCCUCUUGUGAAUCUCCUGUCAGGGCAGGCUUUCACCAGUUUUAAGUUUACCUGUUUUAAAGACGACUGCUGUACAAGUAGACGCCAUCGUCAUUUCGCGCAUGAGGCCUUGUUGUGUAGCAAUCUGUUGUGCUUUUGGCAUAAAUGAAUAAAAGUACGUCUGAACAGAA